UUGCAUUCUGUUCUGUCUACUUUCCUUCCAGGAAACACAUCCUGUAGCUGGAGUAACGUGUUUGUCACCGACCAAGAGAGAGAGAGAGAGAACUUAUUCUCGAGCGCUCGUACCCUCUCAUCCCACUCCUUCUGAGCUUUUCAGGGAUAAAGCGCGCACAUGCUCGGCCGUGAACAUGGGAAAUUGGUUAGGAUGAGUAAUCAGAGAUAAAACGAGCGAGGAAAGAGUGUGGGAAAGAACGAGGAAAGGAGACCGCAUCACGCAGACAUUCCUCAGCAGGGAGACGAGGAGAGAAAAAAAAAAAUCAGCCAGCGCACAUCUGGAGGAGAAAGGGGGAGGACCGGAGCGCGGCAGAAGAACGGAGCGGAUUAGAGAAAGCCUGCGUGUUUAUGUGAUGGCCUUGGAGGUCCAGCGUCCAGCCUUACGAGCAGCAGUGACCCCCGACUCCGAGGAAGAGGGUUAGAGACUGCCGUCAGGACUCGAGAAUGAGUGGCGAUGUCCUCUAGCUAACCUCUCACAGCGGACAGACGUUUCGGGAAUCGGGGCGCUCCGGCGGGUGCAUGGCCGUGCGCAGGCUGGUGGUGGUGGCGGCGGCGGUGGCCCUGCUUUCUCUGGUGCUCAACAACUUGGCGACGUUCAGCUCCAGCUGGGUGCUGCAGGUGCUGGAGGACGGACGGCGGCGGAGCGUGGGGCUCUGGAGAGCGUGCGCUAACGAGGACACGCACGCUCACGAGAACACAGCCUGCCAGAGACUCAGCUGGGGAUCGGAGCUCGCGGGGUAUCAGGAGUCACGCAGCACUGUCAAACUUCAGUUUGACAUGAUGCGGGCAUGUAACCUGAUGGCUACGGUGGCUCUGACCGUGGGUCAGCUAAUCUUCCUGUUUGGGUUACUGGAGAUAAGUCACAUUACCCAGGAUUCUCAGUGGUGGGAGGAAGCCAUCGCUGCCCUGUUCCAGUUAGCCAGUUUCGUGCUGGUGAUCGGUCUGGUGACGUUCUACAGGAUCGGCCCUUACACUCAUCUGUCCUACGCCUGCUACGUUAACAUCGCCGCUUGCUUGUUUGCCACGCUAGCGGCCGCCAUGCUAAUCUGGAAUAUUCUGCAUCGCCGUGACGACUGCAUGUCUCCACCGGUCAUCGUCAUCAGCCGAACUCUGACCACCACCUUCCGGCCGCGUCUCGACAAUGACUAUGUAGAGUCGCCAUGCUGACACAAAGACACACUUCACCCGAGACAAAACACAGGUGGAUAUUCAGACACAAACGGAGUUCUGCCUUUUUAAACGAAUCGGAUCUCAUGGACUCUUACGGACGAGGGCGGUGAUCACGUGACCGCAGAAAGCGGAUUCGGACUGAAAACUCGAGUUCAAGAGAGGAAGUGGCGCUGUGGAUUGCGAAGAAUACGACAGACUGAUAAAGAUCAAGCUGGAUCUUGACACGUUUAUGUUCACAAGUGCACUUAUGAGAAAGUAGAAGCACAUUCGUAUGCACACAUAUUUUUUUAUAGUUCUGUGAAAGAUGGAGUUUCAGAUUUCAAAAGGAGUCCAGGCAUUGAAUAUUGCUCCCAGGUCAAUUGAAUACAGUCCUUUACAGGCCGGCAUGGAAUCUGCACUUUUAUAUACAGGGAAAAAAACGUCUGGACAGAUUUAAAUUGGGACCUUUUACAUGUCCAGUCAUUUUUGGGUGUGUGUUUUUUGCCUAAAGAAACCAAGUCUAUUUUUAGAAAACAUUUUAACAUUUGCAUUAUGAUAUAUUUAUUUAAAAAAAUAGCCCCCAGAUUCUUAAUAUAAUGUGCCUAGAUCCCUCUGAGCUUUUUUUUUUCUUCAUUAAAAUAACCAUAAACUAAAGCAAAACAACAAGUACAUCUGAACAUCAUAAAACGAUGACGUAAUGAGAACUCUGGGGAAAAUAUGCUAAGUUGAAAACAUGCUCGAUUGCUUCAUUUUAAGCAAAUAUUCUAACAUAUUUAAUCUACCAAUAUGAGACGGAAAUCUUUUCGGUAAUGAAAACAGUAAUUCUGCUUAAUUAAUAACCAUGACACGUCGCCUAAUUGCUUAUUUUUGUUUACACAAAAAAAAAAAAAUCUGGAGGUGCAGAUUCUUUGCAGGUCUAGUCAUUUGGUACCAAAAUUAUUUUAUUGACUUCUGCAUGUGCAUCUGACAAUUUAUCUGAUAUUACAGUACAUAAUCUACUAGAUGCCAAUGAGGAAACUCUGUAUAGUCACCAAUAUGAAUGAAAUGAUCUGAAAGUGAUAGACUGGAACUAUAUCAGUUCAGUAAACAAUAGAUAUUAAUAUUUGCUAACCUGUGCCUGUGGUACCCAUAUAGGAGUAUAAUAUAGAGCUAUAUUAAGUAUAUUAUUAAAAUUUCACAUUUCACCUUGAGUGGGACUGGUAUAAUAUUAUUAAAGAAAUAAACAGAGCCAUUCAACACUC